AUGAUCCCACGUUUCCAAUUCGCAACUCCAGCUCCCUCAUCACAACGAAGCAGCAACAACCAACGCAAUAACAGCCAUUCCUCUUCUUCAUUGUCGUGUUCACUGCAAUCUCGUUCAUCCCGAGCUUCAACAUCUGAAUCGAGACAACAGCAAUCUCUAUCCCGAAUCUAUAACAACAGUAAUAAUAAUAUUAACACCAUCACUAUGGCUUCGGUUGGUGGUGUGUCCACAUUGGCCACUUCGUUUUCUGGAUCCUACAUGUCCAUCUAUGAUACUGACCUUGCCAAUGUGAUUGAACAAAGCGAUCAAACCAUUGGCUUGUUGGAUGUAGUCCGAGGAAAUGCUCAACUCUAUUCGGAUGAAUCAACAGUUUCUACAUCAUCACGCUAUCGGUUCAUUAAUCUCAAGAAUAAGAUGGACGCGUCUGAUGAUGCAGAGAUAUUUCACAACCAUUGUCAAAAUGGAGAUUUAUAUCAAAUCACACGAAUGUUAACAGCAAAGAAUGGAAAGUUUAUUUUGAGUAGAAAAUUCAGAUAUGCAUUUCCAUUGUUUACAGCCAUUCAUUUCAAUCAAUAUGAGGUUGUCAAGGAAUUAUUGCGAAAUGGAGCUUGUCCAUUUGAAUUUGGAUAUGAGGAGAAUCAUACAGACGACAAUCAGUACAACAGAAACAUUCAGAGAGGUCUAUUUUCAGAUGGAGAACACAAUAUUGAAAUAUCAUGCUUGUAUGAAGCAGUUCGCGUACAAAAUUUGGAAAUUGUGAAAUUAUUGUUAGAACAAUAUUCGAAACAUCCCUCUCAAAAAUUGUCUCGUGGAAGAAAAUUAUCUCCCUAUCACGCCAAUCAAGUUAUGAAAGAAUCACCAUUAUAUCUGGCAUGUAGACUUGGAAAUUUAUCUAUAAUAUCAGAGUUUUUUAAUUCAACGUAUCAAUUAUUGCCAAGAAUAGAUUUCUUCCAUGGGAGCUCCUUAUAUUCCAAAUCGAUCAUUUUAACACUAUUUCAUGCUGUAGGUGACGUUGGUGGAAAAAAUCUUUUGGAACAAGAGAUCGCCAGUACCAAUAUUAUGAAACUUCUUGCUCCCAUGUACAAACUACAGAGAGUUCAACUAUUGGAAAGGAGAGCCACUCGAAUCAGUGCAUUGGAUUACUCGCCAAAUAUUGACGCAAUUUCAUCAGUCAAUUAUUUAAAGCCAUAUUCUGAUGAGUUUUCAAUUCAUUCGUGCCUUAACAUUUCCAAAGUCAAAAUCGCAACUCGAUUUUCAAACUUUGUGGUCAACAGCCCAUUAUAUUUAGCUAUUUAUAACGAAAACGACACUCUCACCCGAUACUUACUUUCCAAUCAUUUAUCCAUGAUUGAUAUUUCUUUAGGAGAAAUUGGAAAGGCACAAACCAAAUUUUCCCUUGCACACCCUUUCAAAGAAACUUGUCUCUACAUUGCAAUUAUUAAGAGGAGUCUACAUGCUGUCAUUGCCUUACUGAGAGCACAUCCGAAUAUUUACAUGGAUGAAGAGUUAGAAAACUAUCGACAGCUCUCUUUCCAAGAAGGUUUUCACUUUGACAAAAUGAUUGACAUUGCUUUAUAUUUUUCGAACAAUAUGAAACGAGUAGUGAACAGUAAUAUCUUUUCAGAUAUUCAACUUGUCUCAAUGGAUAUUCCCCUUUCUUUCUACUUUUAA